AAUUUUUAAAUUAAGUAUAUUUCAAAUCAUUAGUAAAAAACUUUUAAAAAUUAGACUUAUAAUAAUAUGGGAUAUUUGCGGCAAUAAUGCCUAUGUAGUUCAGUUUAUUGCACUUAAAUGCUUAUGUAAAAUUUUUUACGGCAAUAAUGCCUACCGUUACGAUUUUAGAGCAGCCGUUGGUCCCUGGGCCGUUAGGGGUAUAUUUGAUACACGUGUCACAACCCGAUUGGGUUAAAUUAUUAAAAUUUAAAAACAAAACUCUAUUUAUUAUUCAGGUUUCUAAUUUGAAAAAAAAAAAACUAACCUUCAUUAAUUAAUAUAACAAUAAAAACUGAUUGUCUAAAACAGAGACCCAAAAUCUAAAACAAAAAAAACUCAAAACUCCAUACCCAGAAAAAUCAUCUUUCCCCCACGAUCGAAGAGACGACGACAACCGAAACCGGAGGAGACAACGACGACACUUGCAAUACAAUGCCGACCAUUCGACAACCGGGGGAACAACCACCCGACUACGGUGGUCAUACUAACAUCUUCACUAUUGCAAUACACCAUGGGGGAAGCUGGUUUACUCCAUUCGGCAAUAGAAGAUAUGAGGGAGGUAAAGUUGAUUAUGUUGAUUGGGUGGAUACUGAUUACUUCACUAGGAUGGAAUUGGAUGGAAUGGCCUUGGACUUAGGACAUAAACUUCCAGUGGGUUUUAUGUACAAACCAAUAGGAAAGGUGCUUAAUAUGGGCUACAUGGUGGUAGGGGAUAAGGAGAUCCUAAGAAUUGUAGAGGAUAUUGAGAGGAAUCGGGCUACAAAGAUUGACAUAUUUCUUGUUUUUCCUGAAAUAGUCCUACCUUUAGAUUGGAAGGAAGAUUCAGAAGCUGUUAAACAUGUCCCUGCUAACAUUUUACCUCCUCUGAAAAUAUGUAUUAUAGAGGAAUUACCAGAUGAUUGUGAUGUCCCUACAGAUGUUGUUGGUAUCCCUGUUGAUGCAACCAUUGAUGGGGAACAAGAAGAGUUUGAUGCUGAUCAAUAUUCUGAGGAAUUUCAUGAUGCUGCCUUUGAUGAACCUGAUAAAGAGGAAUAUGAAGAAGAGUUUGACUACAUGGAUGAUGAAAGUGAUAUGGAAGACCAAAUACCAGAGGUGGUUGUGCUUUCAGAUUCGGAGGAUGAUAUUGGUGAUGUGAGGGAGGAUACAGUUGAGGAGAACCAAGACCCGGUUCAAAGUGACAGAAAUAGGAAAGGAAAGCAAGCUGAUGUGAGGGAAAAUACAUCUGAGGAUAGCCAAGACAAAGUUCAAGCUGAUGUGAGGGAAAAUACAGCUGAGAAGAGCCAAGACAAAGUUCAGCGUGACAGAAAAGGGAAAGGAAAGCAAAGUGAUGAAGAUUUCAUAUUGGAGGAGGAAGAGUUUGAGCAAGAUGUUGAAGCUGAGAUAGAGAUGGAUACACAGUCUGACCCUAGGAAGUGGUGGCGAUCAGUUUCAGAUUUUUUUACUCAAAAUCUUGAUGAUGGAGACUCAGAUGGUAUAUGUUCUGAGGAGGAGUUGCACGAAUUGAAGUCAGAUGAUGAGUUUGAUGCUGGUAAAAAUUCCAAAGAAUUCAACCCGAAAACCAAAAUGCAAAACUUCCAAUUUGUUCUUGGCAUGGAAUUUGCCACUGUUACAAUUUUAAGGAAUGCAAUAAGGGAGUACUUUAUUGAAGGUGAUCGAGAAUAUGUAUUUAUUGCCAAUGAUUCAAAUAGAGUUAAAGUUAAGUGCAAGGGUGCAAACUGUGAGUGGAUGUUGUUUGCUUCAAUAGUUAACAAGAUAGAUGGCAAAACAAUGAGGGUCAAAACACUUGUUGACAAGCAUAGUUGUGGCAUUGUUUUAGACAAUAAAAAUCUGACCUCAACUUGGCUUGAAAAGCACUUUUUGGAGCAAUUUAGGCUAAAUCUGAGUAUGGAAUACAAUGUAUUUAGGGAGAUAACUGCAAAGACCAAGUACUCACGUGUGUCUAGCUGGACAUUUUACAGGGCCAAGACAAAAGCAAGGAAGAUGUUGGAUGGGUCUGUCAAGGAACAAUACGCCAUUCUUGAUGACUACUGUAAAAGGUUGUUGGCUACCAAUCCUGGAUCUACUGUGAAGUUGAAAACUAAUUUGGUUAAUGGGAGAAGGAAAUUUCAGCGUAUUUAUAUUUGUCUUAAGGCAUGUAGAGAUGGCUGGUUGGGGGGUUGUAGACCUCUAAUUGGUCUUGAUGGCUGCUUUUUAAAAGGAUAUUGUAAGGGCAUUUUAUUGGCUGCAGUAGGCAUUGACGGUAAUAACUCCAUGUUUCCCAUUGCCUACUCUGUUGCUGAAAAGGAAAACAUUGAGGUUUGGACUUGGUUCUUGGAGCUAUUGAAGGCUGAUAUUGGGAGUUUGAGUCCCACCAAGGUAAAUGAUGAGUGAUCGUCAAAAAGGAUUAGAAAAUGCAGUGGGAGCCAUCUUCAGUGGGUGUGAGGUGAGGUUUUGUGUUAGACAUCUUCAUGCUAACUUUAAAAAGGAAUAUCCUGGACUUUUACUUAAGCAACUUUUGUGGGCAGCAGCUAAUACUACAACACAAGCUGAGUUUGCUCGAGCAAGGCAAGAAGUCAAGAGUGUCUCGGAUGGUGCUUACUAUUGGUUGGUAGGGAAGAACCCCACAGAAUGGACUAAGUAAAAUAUUUCAGAGUACCCAAAAUGUGACAUUUUGGUGAAUAAUUUGUGUGAGAGUUUCAAUGCAGCCAUACUUGAUGCUCGCGACAAGCCAAUUAUAACUUUACUAGAGAAAAUUAGAUUUUGGUUGAUGUCUCGGUUUUAUAACAAAAAAUAUGAGUUGGAGAAGAUGACUCAACCUGUGGGGAAGAGAAUUUUGAAGAUAAUUGAGAAGCAAAAAGAGGUUGCAAAGCAUUGUCUGGUUACUAGGUCUGACAAGUUUCAGUUUCAGGUUCAAUGCAGCAAUGGUAGUGCCUUGGUUGUCGAUUUGGAAUUCAGAACUUGUACAUGUAGGAGGUUUCAACUAUCUGGGCUUCCUUGUGGCCAUGCACUAGCUACUAUCUGGUUCAUGGGAGGUAAUGUCUUUGAUUAUGUCCACGGAUUCUAUAAAAAAGAAUCAUUGCAAAAAGCAUAUGGACAGAGUGUGCAUCCUAUGCCUAGUCCAGAUAUGUGGCCUCAGACAGGACUCAACCCAAUUGAUCCACCACCUGAGAUGAAGCUACCUGGAAGACCUAAGAAAGCUAGGAGAAGGGAGACAGAUGAACCUCCACCUGCUUUAAAGAAAGCUCGAAGAACUCGACAAGUUAAAACAUGCAGCAAUUGUCUGAAAACAGGCCACAGGAGAGAAACAUGCUAAUCUGCUAAGGUGGUGGUUGAGAAUCGUGUGGUCAAAAAGUGAGGUCAUCCACCACUGCAGAACCCAACUGAAUCCACACUUUUAAGGAAGGAAAGAAGACUGAAACAACAUGCUAAAGGAGGAACUAGUGGUGCAACCAAUGCUCAACCUAAUACUGUCUGACUGGAAGGAGGAGUUUCAUCUUUUGAUUUUAUUUUGAACUAGUGGUCGAAUCUUGUAUUUUGGUGUCUGUUAUGUUGACCAUUUUAGAGUCAUGUAUUUUGGUUUCUGUUUUUUGAGUCAUGACAGGGUCAUGCUGGCCAUGAUAUUGGUCAUGUACAGAUCAGAUACAUUUGGCUUUUUAGGCCUAUAUUUUAAUACCUAUCUCUUAUGGUAAUGAAUAUAACUAGUUGUUGAUCA